UCCUGCAACUUCUUAAACCCUAAAACAACCUGGCUUGUGGGGGCUAAAGAAAGCCUUACCUUCAAAUCGACUGCCCCGAAACCCUACCGACUCCGUGCUGUGGAAAAUGGCUUCCCCCAUUGCUCGUCCAUUCCUUCGCGGAGCCGCUUACCGCCAGCUCUCCUUUGUUUUUAGUGCUCGGCAUCGCCAUACUCUCUGCUAUUCUUAUCUGACCGCCUCUUCUUCUCUCGUCCAAAGUGCACUGAUUCAGAAACUCCAGAAAACUUCUUCAUCUCUAUUCCUUCGAUUCGCCUCUUCUAAGGUGGGAGGAGUGGAUGAAAGCCUCCUGAAAGUUCUCCAGUCAGAGAUCUCUUGCAUCCAGGAAAUUAAAGAGCCCCGGGAGCUUGAGGUACCUGAAGGGUUUCCUUUUGAAAUCAUUGAUAAUUCUGGCGACAACACCAUUACUCUUAAGAGAGAAUUUGCUGGCGAGAGCAUUCAGGUCAUUGUUUACAUGAAUCCGGAUGAAGAAGAGGAUGAAGAGGAGGAAGAUGAAGAUGAGGAUACUGAUCAUGAGAACGAAUUCAAGCCAAGCAUUUCUUUGCUUGUAGCUAUAGACAAAGGAGACUCCCCUAUCUUGGAAUUUAGUUGCAGCCUCAAUUCUGAUGAGCUUUUGAUCGAAAGCAUGGCCAGGAGAAAUCAUGAUGAUUCUGAUGGUCAGGGUGCUUAUCAAGGCCCUGCUUUUUCGGAUUUGGACGAAAGCUUGCGAAAGGGUCUCCACAACUAUCUCAAGGUGAGAGGCAUCAGUUCUGAUUCCCUCUACGGAUUCUUGUAUGAAUAUAUGACGAUUAAGGAUGAGAGGGAGUAUCAAACUUGGUUGAAGAACAUACACGAUUUUGUUCGCAAAUAACCCCCAUUAGAUAUAUUUAUUUUGAAGAUUUACAUACAUACCAUUCAAUUCAUAUCUAUUUACAUAUCUAACACCUAAAUUUCAAUUUUUACAUAUAUGCCACCUUACCUAUGCACUAAAAGAGGUACAGUUUACUUUUUAGUAGUCAUUUUUUUUUAUGUGAUGUCUGAUAUGAAAGAUUGGGUGGUACAUAUGUAAACAAUUAAUU